AUGGAGUUGCAUGAAUUAACCAACUUAAUGAAUGAAGCUGUCUCAAAAUUUCAGGAUCAGGAUUACCUGAAAAGUCUACAAGGUGAUGAAGGAUUUGAAGUCAUAUCUAAAGGUCUAAACCUGCUAGAAGAAAGGAUUGCGAAGGAAAAACCUGAGCUACGUACAGAAAAAGCAGCUACAAAACGCCUUUAUAUAUGCUUGACCAAGGAUCAGGAUUACCUGAAAAGUCUACGAGGUGAUGAAGGAUUUGAAGUCAUUUCUAAAGGUCUAAACCUGCGAGAAGAAAGGAUUGGAAAGCUAAAACCUAACAGGUUUCCUAUUACAAGUGGAUCCAAUCAUCAUAUUGGAGGUGUCAAUGUUGGAGGAUGGGAGGCUGUUUGGCUUGCUGCUUUUGGGAAACUUGGUCCAGCAUUUAGCAAUUUCGUUACACUGAUUGAAACAGGACGGGGUAAACGAUUUGAGGCAUGGAUGAACUUAGAGGAAAAGAGAAUGGCUGCACUGAGCAUAUUUUCUUGUGGCGGAGUAGCACUUGGUGGGUGCAUAUCACACAAGCUUGGUGAUGGGGGCUCUGCUUCCACUUUCUUGAGUGUAUGGUCUGCCAUGAACCGUGGGUCGUCUUCUCGUGAUUUUGAAACACUGAUCCCUAACCUAGCAAAGGCAUCUUUAUUGUUUCCACCAAGAAAUGAUUUGCCGAGGCAACUAUUCUCUAUGAUAGAUGACCUGUGGUUUGGGGAAAACAAUGAAACUAUCACAAAGAGAUUCGUGUUUGAAGCCAAGGCAAUAGAAACAUUGAGGGACAAGGCCAAAAGUGACAGUGAUUCUAAGCCAUCUCGAACUCGAGCACUGUCAAGUUUCAUUUGGAAACGUUAUAUGGCCACAUCUCUUGCAAUCUUAAGCUCCCCAAGGCCAUGCUUUUUGAGACAUGCUGUGAACUUGCGGGCGCGGACGAAGCCUCGCUUAGUUGAUGGUGCUAUUGAAAACCUAAUUUGGUGUGCCGAGGCAGUAGCUAAUCCGGAGGCAGACACGGAGUUGCAUGAAUUGGCCAACUUAAUAAGUGAAGCUGUCCGCAUAAUGGAUGAUCAGAAUUUCCUGGAAAGUAUGCAAGGUAAUGAAGGAUUUCAAGCCAUUUCUGAUGGUCUAAACAAACUUGAAAAUAUACUCGCCGAAGAUAAACCAGAUAGGUUUGCAAUCACAAGUUGGUCUGGUCUUGGUCUUGGUGUGGAUUUUGGAACUGGGGCACCAGUUUGGCUUGGUGCUUUUGGCAAAGUUGGUCCAGCAUUUAUGAAUUUUGCUACACUUGUUGAAGCAAAAUGGAGCGAAGGAUCACUCGAGGCAUGGAUUAACUUAGAUGAAAAGAGAAUGGCUAUACUAGCUCAAGAUCCUGAAUUUCUUGCAUACGCAUCUCCAAACCCAAAAAUAGUUAUCAAGCCGGAGGAUCUUCCUUAA